AUGGACGAGGAAGGUCAGUUUGACGACUGCGGUGCACCUCGCAUUUCGUGCAUCCUCGAACAGCAUCCUGAAGGCUCUAUAAUCAGGUUACUAGAAGACGGAGGACUACGACUACAACGGGAGGAUUGGCCAUAUCCGCAAGUGGCUGAUAUCUCCCUUUUUCGUCGUUGCAUGGCCCGUGUGGAGCAGGCUGAAGAGCAAGGGGCACUUAAAAUUGAAUUGCGCCAUGUUGCGACACGACUUCAUGCAAUGAAGGUGCUCUUCACGGACUGUAGGGCCAGCUUCACGCCCGAGAAUUGGAGCAAAGUUGACCUUGUCGCCGCGCAUUGGUCCCGUCCCUUGACACAUCGCAUUGUACUCUCAUCAGAGUCCUCGACCAUGAUAUCAGUUAAGGAAGAGCCAACAAACCUGUCCACGGCAACUGUGAGCACCAUCAAGAGAAAGUGA